AUGGCUGUUGAGGAUGUUGAUAAAGCAGAAGUCCACCAUCAUCAGAUGGAGCCACAUGACAAGAUCCCAGAUUUUGAAAAUAGACAAAUCAUCCACCCAUUUGAAGAAAUUAUAUGUAUUCCAGAAGCCAUAGAAAAGCUGCUUGGAAAUCUCAACGAAAACAAGUCAUCAGGACCAGAUGGGAUGCAUCCUAAAGUGUUAAAAGAGCUCAGGAAAAAUAUCAGUGUACCACUUGCAAAUAUAUUUAAUAAAUCUCUUCUAGAAGGAAAAGUACCACAAGCUUGGAAGGAGGCCAAUAUAACAGCAAUUUACAAGAAAGGACCAAAAUCGGACCCAAGUAACUAUAGGCCCAAAAUGGAAGAUAAAGAUCUAGAUGAAUGCCGUUGGUGUGAUUUGGACUCAUUGGAUCCAUCGUCAUUGGACAUUGAAGAUUCUGUUCAACCAGUAAAACAACCCUUGUCUAGUAGUGAAGAUCGAGAUAUUAAUAUUGAUGACUAUGUGCCUGAAGUUGAGGACUCCAGUGGAAACAAGGGAGAUUCACCAGUAAAUAAUACACAGAACGGACCUUGUCGUCUUGAUUCCCAAGUCAUUUAUGUCCGGGAUCCACAGCUAGAGAGAAACCAACUGCAAGGUCAGAACACUCAGCAAGGUCGUUAUGCAGAGGUACAGCCAAAAACACCUACUGAAGAACAAGAUAUUAAUAUUGAUGACUAUGUGCCUGAAGUUGAGGACUCCAGUGGAAACAAGGGAGAUUCACCAGUAAAUAAUACACAGAAUGGACCUUGUCGUCUUGAUUCCCAAGUCAUUUAUGUCCGGGAUCCACAGCUAGAGAGAAACCAACUGCAAGGGCAGAACACUCAGCAAGGUCGUUAUGCAGAGGUACAGCCAAAAACACCUACUGAGGGACAAGUUACAGCAGUAAUAGAAACCAAGGAAGUCGACAGUAUGAUUAAACGGUACGUCAGGACAAGAGAGUACGGUUUUACAGAAGAUGUUAUAGCAGUCCUCACCCAGUACCUCAUGGAUAAUGAGCUUGAGCUUCCAAGUGAAGAGGACUUUAAGUUGAAGUGGCAAACCAUGAGAGGUAGUAAAGGAAUAGAUAUUAAUAUUGAUGACUAUGUGCCUGAAGUUGAGGACUCCAGUGGAAACAAGGGAGAUUCACCAACACAGAAUGGACCUUGUCGUCUUGAUUCCCAAGUCAUUUAUGUCCGGGAUCCACAGCUAGAGAGAAACCAACUGCAAGGGCAGAACACUCAGCAAGGUCGUUAUGCAGAGGUACAGCCAAAAACACCUACUGAGGGACAAGGUUAG